AUGAAGCUGCUGUUUCUUCUUUUUCUCCUUCUUAUAUGUCUUUCUCAGAAAGUAUUAGGGAACAAAAGAAAUGUGAGAUUCCAACAAUGUGAGAGAAUGGGUGGCCAUUGCAAGAAUCAGAAAACGCACGGAUGCUCCAUCCUGCCUGCUGAAUGCAAAAGUCGGUACAAACACUGCUGCAGGGUGUAACGGCAGCUCACUGACAUGCGCAGUUCAGCCUAAGUGUCGGCACCUGCUCUGAUUUCCGUCUAAUAAAGACAUCAUGAAACAUAUGUACUCUUCCCAAGAUGUAAAUUUUACGGGAAACGCCAGUAAGCUUGAAAAGGGAGAAUGUGGUGGUGUUGGGGUUGGGGUCCAGUGUUUCCAGGUUCUUGGCCUCCAAAACGAGGGAGCUUGAUAUUGAAAUUCCCACUUCCUGCUGCCUUUCUCAUCUCAGAGAAGGUAAGGAGU